ACACGACAACUAAACAAACGUAAAUGGAGUGGAAGCUAAAGGGGCUUUUGUGAGCUUUUUAACAAUUAUUCUUGAGUUGAAAUUUCAACACAGCCUCACCUGAUACACAUAUCAAUUAAGAUCUCAAUUCUUAGCAAAUGGAGGUAGCGAAUGAAGUAGCGAUGGAUGAUAAAGCGAAGAGAAUGAGAGAUCUAUUAUCCAGUUUUUAUUCACCAGAUCCCAAUAAUAAUAAUAAUAAUUCUAAUAAUGUUUCUUCAAGAUUUGCUACAUUGGAUACCAUCAACACCACUUCCUUUGAUGCUGAUCAGUACAUGAAUUUACUGGUGCAGAAGUCCAAUUUGGAAGGUCUGCUCCAGAGGCAUGUUGAAAUGGCUGCUGAGAUAAAGAAUCUCGAUACUGACCUGCAGAUGUUGGUAUAUGAAAAUUACAACAAGUUCGUAAGUGCCACAGACACAAUUAAAAGGAUGAAAAAUAAUAUUGUUGGCAUGGAGACAAAUAUGGAGCAGCUUCUUGAAAAGAUAAUGUCCGUGCAAUCUAAAAGUGACGGGGUCAAUACUUCUCUUUUUGAGAAGAGGGAGCACAUAGAGAAAUUGCAUCGGACCCGUAAUCUUCUACGCAAAGUUCAGUUCAUAUAUGAUCUACCCGCUAGGUUAGCAAAAUGUAUCAAAUCAGAAGCCUAUGCUGAUGCUGUGAAAUACUACACUGGAGCCAUGCCCAUUUUCAAGGCAUAUGGAGACUCCUCAUUCCAGGAUUGCAAAAGAGCCUCAGAGGAAGCAAUUGCUGUUAUUACAACGAACUUGCAGGGAAAGUUAUUUUCAGAUUCUGAAUCAAUACAAGCCAGGGCUGAAGCUGUUAUGCUGCUUAAGCAGUUAAAUUUUCCGGUUGAUAAUUUAAAGGCGCAACUAUUUGAAAAGUUAGAACAGUUCCUUGUGGAUCUCCAUCUGGAAUCUAAGGAAAUACCCCACACUUCAGCAGAUCAAGGGAACCUUCGUGAAUCAGCUACUUCUGCUGCUCAUGAGGCUUCUAUUCGUGAAUUUGCCGAGGCUGUCCGUGCUUAUCGAGUUAUUUUCCAUGAUUCAGAACAGCAACUCUCUAGGCUUGCACAAAACUUACCUAAAAUGCACUUUGAAGCCACCCAGCAGCACAUCAAGACACAACUUGCUUCUUGCGAUCUUGUUGCCAUGUUAAGGAUUAUUUGGACCGAUGUGCUUCUGAUGGAUGAAGUGUUGCCUGAGGCUGGUCUGCGUGAUUUUACUAUGGAGGCUGCUGAUGUUGCCGUUAAACAAUACAUUGCUAGCAGAUUUAGCCAUCUUCUACUUGAUAUUUCAGGUGCUGUUGUAAAAGUUGGUAAUCAAAUGGAGGGUGUUGAAGAAGAAAAUUGUUUGCAGGCCACCCUUGAGGCCAGUAAAAAGGCAGUUCUGCAAGGAAGUAUGGAUGUCUUACUGGAUUUCCGUCAACUUCUUGAUGAAAAUUUGGAACUACUUUCUAAGUUGAGAGACUUGGUCGUUGACUGGGUACAAGAAGGAUUUCAGGACUUCUUCAAGAAACUUAAUGAUCAUUUUCUCUUACUUUCGGGAAAGAAAUAUCCAUCUGGUCAAGAUCUAAGCUUUCGGGAGGGAAUACAGGGAGACAAAAUACUUCCUGCCCUUGUUCUUGUGCUGGCUCAGCUCUCUGUUUUUGUUGAGCAAAAUGCCAUUCCCAGAAUUACCGAGGACAUUGCCUCCUUUUUCUCUGGUGGUGGGUCUCGGGGCUAUGAAAAUGGUCCAGCUUUUGUUCCUGCAGAAAUUUGUCGCACCUUCAGAGCAGCUGGUGAAAAAUUCUUGCAGCAUUAUAUUAACAUGAGAACUCAGAAGAUAUCAGUUGUCUUGAAUAAAAGGUUUACAACUCCAAAUUGGGUCAAGCAUAAAGAGCCCAGAGAAGUUCAUAUGUUUGUUGAUCUGCUUCUUCAAGAGGUAGAUAGUAUCGUCAAAGAAGUAGAGAGUAUAUUACCUGAAGGGGUCAACCGUAAGCAUCGCCGUACUGACAGCAGUGGGAGCACCACUUCCUCCCGUAGUAAUCCAUUAAGAGAUGACAGAAUGGUACAGUCAAAUACCCAAAAGGCCAGAAGUCAACUUCUUGAGUCCCAUUUGGCUAAAUUAUUUAAGCAGAAGAUGGAAAUUUUCACAAAAGUUGAACAUACACAGGAAUCAGUAAUAACUACUAUCGCGAAACUUUGCUUGAAGAGUUUACAAGAAUUUGCCCGACUUCAGACUUUUAACCGUAGUGGAUUUCAACAAAUUCAGCUGGACAUUCAUUUUCUUAAAACUACUCUGAAGGACACUGCCGAUGAUGAAGCUGCUGUUGAUUUUCUGCUUGAUGAGGUAAUUGUUGCUGCUGCUGAGCGAUGUCUUGAUCCAAUUCCUCUGGAACCUUCUAUCCUGGAUAGGCUUACCCAAGCAAAGCUGGCAAAGACUCGGGAGCAGGGUCCUACCUCAUAAUAGUUGUGGACCAUUGAGCUUGCUGUGAUCUGAAAGCGUUCGCAAGAUGCUGGCUAACAGGCCAAGUACGUAAAUAGGAAACACCAGAGCCAUGAAAACUUAUUCAUCUACCGGUUGGAUAUAAUCAUUAUCCGUCCUCCUCUAAUGUCUUUCAGCUUUCCUUUGAGUAGCUGAAGGUGCAGUGUUGCUGGAAAUUAGAGGGGAGCCCAAAAAUUCUUGUUGUAUUGAACAGCCUUUAAAUAUUUUGACUUUGUUUUCCUGUACUAGAAUGUAAUGAGAUAUGCAUCCACAAAGGGCUUGACCGGCACAUGUACAAUGAAUGUUGUUUCCUUCUUCCUCUUUUGUGUUAAUAUAUGAUGACAUUUUCUUUCUA